ACUCACUCUCUCUCCUCUCUCUCUCUCUCUUUCUUUCUCUCUCCGUGGAAAAAAAGAAAAAAAGAAAAAGAAAAAAAGACAAAACCUCAAAUCGAUGAAGGAAGCCACUAUUUCCAACAAUUUAUCUUCAAUGGCUUCCAAGCCCUUCGACUCUGACGAGAUUUGAUCCACAAAUUUCAGUUGCAUUUGAGUUUGGCUCUCUCAUUUCCAGUUCCACUUGUCUCUACUCUUUAGGCUGCACUGUUUGGUUGCUGAGGGAAACCAUUUAUUCAGGGAAUUAUGGAUGAAAGCUGCGGCAUACCUGUCGGCUAUUCAGGUUUCAAGUUACUAAAGCCAAGUUUUGACGAAGUCGACAGGCAAUGCUCUAUAGAUAUUUUGCCUCUUAUCUUUGAGGAGGCUUCAUGCCCAAAGUAUCCGUUGGACAGCUCAAAUGCCCAAGAUAUCUAUAACAUUUCAGUGCUGCCCCAGGAGGGCAACAAUCUACAAGGUGCUUCACAAUUAGCUUUCUUAAGCAUUCUUGAGGUUCCUAAUCCACCCAAGGAUCAGAAGUCCAUGGACACAUAUUUGAAUUGCCAGAACUGCAUUGAUUUACAAAUGAACAACGCAGAUACUUAUUCUUCUUGCAUUGUUGAUAUAAAAGUUGAAAAAGAAUCUCUUCAAGCACCUGAAUCCAAUGAUGAAGCUGUUGAAAGUCUGAAAAACGAGAGCGUACUAAUUAACUUGCAGAAGGUGUUGCAGAGACAGUCAAGCCUAAAAUUAGGUCUGAAACUUAUGCAGCUUCUAAUAAACCAUUUCACUUCCAGAGAAAAAACAUUGAGCGACAGAGUUCAUGAAAUUCCAAAUAACCGAUGGAGAAGAUGUAAACGUGCUGCUUCAAUUGACUCGAGGAAAAUCCUCCUCCUAUUCUCAAUCUUGUCAAGUUUUGGGACAUUGAUACUGAUAUAUCUAACAUUGAGAGUGAGGCAGAGUGCAGAAAGUUAUGUUCAUGCCUGAUGGUGUCAACCUUGUUGCCUUAUGGGUUUAUGAUUCUUGCGUCACCUUUGCUUUUUCUGAAGCUGUCUCUUGAAAAUUACUGUUGAAUUUGAACUCUUUAUGAUGUAAAUAUUAAUACCUAUACAUUAUCUAGAGUUUGACUGAGAUUGUUGAUGUAUUUGUCUGUGCUUGUUAUUUUGCUGUUUAUUUCCCCUUACCUAAAAUUUGAGCUUCCUGGAGCUGUAUUCAAGAAAUGUAGACCUUCAUGAUGUAAAUAUUCAUACCCAUUCUUGUCUCUCUGUAAA